GUGUAUAAAUGUGAGUAAUCCCUUGAGCUGUACACCAUCAGGAGUCCAGAACAAAGACAGACACAGUGGAGUGUGAGCCAGAAUCUGUCUACAGCCACAACUAUGAAUUCAGCUGUCAGUGCCUUUCUCACCUGCCUGCUUGUCCUCUAUGCACAAGGGCAACUAGCCAACAGAUCUAAUAAGUGCAAGUGUUUAAACAGUUACAUUGGCAGGAUCAACCCACAGCUCAUCAAGGCAGAGCCAGUCAUACACCAUCCAAGUAUCUUCUGUCCACAUACAGAGAUUAUUAUUACAACAACAGCAAAUAAGGAAAAGUGUGUGAAUCCACAGUCACCACUCGGAAAACUCAUUCUGAAAAACAAAAACAAGCACGGCAAGAAAGGAGCUCUGAGCACGACGACGGCUUCGAGCUCAACGAGACUCCACACGACAUCCAAGCUGUAGGACUGUGAUAUAGUGGAACUACAACACUUGUUAUAAUAGAAGGAGUUGUUCAUCAUCAUUGCCUUUGUCAUGUAUAAUGUGGAAAAACUUCUACUUCUUGGUCACUUUUCACUUUGAUGAAUAGAAGAAUAAACUCACAAAUUGGAUAGCAAA